GCCGCGUGAUCUGGUGCGUAAAGGUGGACCUUUUUACGGCGGGGGGGGACAGCGGCAGGACCUGGACACUUGAGGGCACUCCGGACGCCAGACGUGAUGUGACGGUGUUGUGUUCUGUCCGCAGAUCCUGUAACCCCCCUCAGGAGUGUCAUGGGGAGCGUGAGCAGCAGGUGGAAGAGGGUCGCGCCCGCAUCUCCAGCCCAGGAUCCUCCUGCGCUCUGCGGGUCCUUCGGUGUCCAGAGCGUCUCCGGCCACAGCCGUUCGCGAUCCGCGGGGGGACUCGACAGGCACAGCGAAGGACUCGAUUCCCAGUCAUCAGCCGAUGGAGAGGAGGACUUGAGCGCCGAGCUGGAUCGAAUACUGGCCGAGUACCAAGUACUGGAGUCGAGCGACAGCGCGCAGAGGAGAGCAGCGCUCCCACGUGACGGGUUUGGAUCAUCUUCUGGUCGUGAUGACGGAAGGGACUUGAAAUGGACUCCUCUCUCACAGAGGUCAGAAGUGACCCAAAAACCGGCGUCCUCCGGAGACUCGGAGUCUGGAAGGGUCCGAGAGGAGGAGGACGACGAGGGUGAAGAGGAUGAUGAAGAGGAGGACUGCAGCUCCGGCACACGGCGGCUCUCCAAACGCGCGCCUCAUCGUGUCCCUGAGCCUUGUGCAAACGAUAUGAAGGGUUUGCAGGACCUCGCGUGCACCAGGAAAACAGACUCGGUCCCCGGAAGCUGUGGGGAUUCUUUAGUCACCAUGCCCGUGAUCCAGUAUGACAAAUCUGAAGAGGACCUCAUGGAGACCAUUGAGAGGGAAUUCAGUUGACUGUGCUCAGAGGAAGUACCUGCUUUUCAGUGUAGAACCACUGUCCGCACCACAGUAGGCUCUAAAUCUGCUGAGUCAGAGAAAGAAGCCUCCAGUGAAAUUCAGGAUGUAAACACAAAUGUUGUGGGACAUGGAGGUGAAUCAGGAGCACCUCUGUCUUGAGAUUUUGUCCUGCCGUAGGCAAAUGAACUGUUCUGAUUAAGAGCACUCGACUCUCCGACACAUCGACAACCUCUGGCCACGCGACCACCGGAAUGAUCUGAUCUGUGACACAGGAUUCUGUCUUAAUCACUUCAAGAAGCUGAAGGGAAACUUAGAAAUCUGGGUUUGGACCUGAUCAUGUGAAUCUUAACCCAUGUGACUGAAAAGCGAUGUCUGCC